AUGCGGCAGCCCUUGCGAAGACCGCUGGCCUUGUCCCGACGGCUCUUCCCUGCGGCGGCGGUGCGCCUGGGCAAAGGCACCACAGCUCUCCAAGACCAGGCCCUGCCGGGCAAGCUUGCUGGGCAUCGGGCAGAAGCCAUGGCAGCAGCAAAGAACAGCCGGGCGAAAGGCGAGGAGAAGAAGCGGAGUUGCCAUCUGCCCCGCUUCCCGGGAAGUCCCACAGGAGUCAACUGGGUUCUUGCCCUUCGAGUUGAUGUUUGCCAGGAAAAAGUGCAAGAGCAUUUCCUCUUCCAGGCGAAGCCCGAGUGCCACUUCUCCGCCUCCUCCACCAACGGGACGCUGCAGCGCAUCCACUACCUGCAGAGGUACUUCUGGGACUGGCAGGAGCUCCUCUACUUCGACAGCGACCAAGGGAGGUUCGUGGCCAUGGCCGAGCUGGGGAAGCGUCAAGCCGAAUACUGGAACAAGGACAAGGCCUUCAUGCGCGACAGGAGGGCCGCCGUGGAGAGCUUCUGCCGGCCCAACUACGGUAUCCUCGAGGGCUUCUCCUCCCGCAGGAAGACGAAAAUCAAGAAUUAA